AUGCCUCAUCGAGCAGUUGUACGUCCUCUUGGAACGACUCAGAGUGAUCCUGGUGUGGUAGAGAAGAAGCUUCAAUCAGUUGGUUUCCUCGAUUCUCUACCUAAUGACGAUCUUUUUGCGGUUGAUCUAGAACGUAUUCAUGAUGCUUCUUUCAAGCGGGCUAAGGACAGUCAACUACCCUCUGGUGGUGCUUACAUGGGUCAUGUUGAUAGUAGGUCGAUAGAUAUGUUUCUCCAAGCGGUUAAGCGUGCUCCCGGUUGGUCUGUUGGUGUGAUGCCGGAACUAUUUCAAGCUUAUUAUUUGGAGUUCUGUCUUGAUGCCUCGGUUCGUGGAGUUAUUACUGGCAUUGUCGAUAAGGAGUUGAAGGAGCGAGGUCUCAAGGGUUAUUAUGCCCUCAGUGCUCGUGCGGCGUGUAUUGAGUCUGCUCUGAGAGCGAGAUUUGAGUCUAUUAAUUCUCACCGUAUCCUGGCCGAUCGAUGGGAGAGCUUACGGUGGAAUAUUGCUGAUGAUUUUGAGAAGUUUUAUCUUGAAUUUCAAGAGGUACGAGACUCUUACUCUCGUCAACGCCAGCAAGAACUUCAAGGCGCGGAUGUUGUAGAACGACUCUUUGGUGCUCUGACGAAGGAGUUGGCUGAUCGGCUUAUCAGACAGUAUGGUGGGAGCCCUUCGGAGAAGCAAAUAUUAGAGUUUUGCCGCCGUGAGAAUAUGAUACUGACACGUAAUCGUGCCUUGAAGAAUGGUUCGGCACGCAGUGGUACAAAACCUAAUGUCAAUUCUGUUCGAAUUGAGGAUGAGGUUGAUAUCGAGGAGCGUUGUGAUAAUCUUUUUGCUAUGCCAGUGGAGCAGACCACCACCUCAACACAAACCAGCAAUCGCCUCUUUGUGUCUAACCUUGCUUUCACUGCCUCUGAGCGUGAUCUUCUCGGUGCUUUCCGAAGUGUGCUUAAAGUGUCUGGUGCGAUUCCUCGUGGUAUUAGACUCUUCAAGGAUGGUCGUAAUGGGAGAAGUCGUGGUAUUGGUCUUAUCGAGUUUGACACUCCAGAUGCUGCUUCUAAGGCCCUAGGUGUUGUUGAUGGCCAACAAGUUCUGGGAAGGAAGGUGAGAGCUCGCCGUGAUAGGGGACCUUCGACUUCGUCCUCUACCCCGACUGUGAAUGCUCCAUCCGGUCCUUCAAAGGUAGUUGCGUCCGAACCAUCUCCUGGUACUAAGCGUCGUCGAAUAGAUGAUAGUCCAGAAGCUGAGGUUAUUGCUGAAGGUUCUGGUCAAUCCGUAGACGUUAAUUGUGUACAACAUGAGGAUCAUGGUAGUGGUGUCCAGAACCUUGAGGAUGUGGCUACUUCUGAGACUCGGUUGUCUGAUUCUGUUCCAGUGAUUAAUGAAAAUAGUACUCUUUGUGCUGUUGUUGAAACUCUUCACUUUGAUGAUAUCGACCAUGAAAAGGUCGAUGUGGAAGUGGAGCUUAAUGGACUUGUCCAAGAUUCGGGGUCAGAUAAACGUUUAACUAUGGUGACCUCGUUGGUGUCAGUGAAGACUGCUAAAAAUGUCUGUAAUUCGGUUGCUUGGUUGCUAGAUAGUGGUUGUGCCCUUCAUCUGAUUGAUAAGGAGACUCAUCCUUGGUUAUGCGAUGCCCGGUCAGUACGCCUUCCGAAACCAGUUCGUUUAAUAUUUGCUAAUGGUACAUCGCAGUUCGUAGAGGAGGCUAAGCUUGUUGCCUUUGUUUGUGGUGAUCGUCGUUAUUAUACGCAUGUACUUGUUGUUGAAGGUCUAACUGUUAGUGGCAUUUUAUCGGUACACCAACUUGUUACUGAUUUUGGAACUGUUGCUUGGCAUUUGGGUGAUGAUAAUGCUAAGUUCUACGCCGAUAUCGUCUCCCCCACUUGUGGAGGUUUUUAG